UACCUGCUCCGACUUGAAAGUCCAGUUUCACAAGGAAGAAUCGUGGAGGAAGCAAAAUAUGUCACAGGAGACAGACAAUAAGCGUCUGGUUGUGGUGGUGCCCAACGAGAGCUCCUUCCCUUCGGUGCGGCGGGCCUACACCAGUGAGGAUGAGGCCUGGAGGUCCUACCUGGAGAACCCGCUGACGGCGGCCACCAAGGCCAUGAUGAGCAUCAACGGGGACGAGGACAGUGCCAACGCCCUGGGCCUGCUCUAUGACUACUACAAGGUGCCCAAAGAAAAGAGGCUGUUGCCCAUCGCCAAAGUGGCUGAAACCACGGAGGAACAAGAAAAGCGGUCUUCUAUACUGUUGACCAACGUGAGCAGCCAAAACGAGGUGGAGACUGUCGACAACCGCGUCCAGGUCCUCAAAUCUGUCCCGGUCAACCUGUCACUCAACACAGAGCACCCAGAGACCAAACGUGAACAGUACAGCUCCGCCGGGACGGGGGCGGGCUCAGGGGUGGGUGGGGCCGCGGCGGUAGCCGUGGUGAAGGCAGAGGUGUAUGCCCCUGUCUUCAUGGGGGCGGGACUUCACUACAGGGUGGAGGGGGAGGAAUCAGCACGGGUGGUCUACGAACAGAGCCCGUACGAGGUGACCGCCAUCAAUCACAGCGGAUACGUGAAGGAGGACCAGCGCAGCUCCCCGGACAGCCACUAUGAGGAGGAAAAUGACGGGAAGUACCAUACACCUUCCUCUCUGCCUGCAGAUGACUUCUUAUUCCACCAGGAAGGAGUUGACAGUUUCCAGUACACAUUGGACGCCACUCGCUCGCUGCGUCAGAAGCAGGGUGAGGGCCCUAUGACCUACCUGAACAAGGGCCAAUUUUACGCCAUCACUCUUAAUGAGCUCGGCGCCAACAAACGUCUCCGCCACCCGAUCAGCAAAGUCAGGAGCGUCAUCAUGGUGGUGUUCAGUGAAGAUAAGAAUCGAGAUGAGCAGCUGAAAUACUGGAAGUACUGGCACUCCCGGCAGCACACCGCCAAACAAAGGGUCCUAGACAUCGCCGAUUACAAGGAGAGCUUCAACACCAUCAGCAACAUCGAGGAGAUCGCCUACAACGCCAUCUCGUUCACCUGGGACGUCAACGAGGAAGCUAAGAUCUUCAUCACAGUGAACUGUCUGAGUACAGACUUCUCCUCUCAGAAGGGGGUGAAGGGCCUUCCUCUGAUGAUCCAGAUUGACACCUACAGCUACAACAACCGCAGCAACAAGCCGCUCCACAGGGCCUACUCCCAGAUCAAGGUCUUCUGCGACAAGGGAGCAGAGAGGAAGAUAAGGGAUGAGGAGAGAAAGCAGUUUCGCAAGAAGUCAAAAGGGAAGGACGGUGGUGCGGGAGUAUUAACAGCUCCUAAGAAGGCGGACACUACUUAUUUUAAGACCAUGACUGAUCUGGAGGCCCAGCCGGUGCUCUUCAUUCCCGACGUCCAUUUUGGCAACCUGCAGAGGGCUGGACAGGUGUUUGCCUUCAACACAGAGGAGAUUGAACGAGAUGGGAGUGUGGUGGUGAAGAGAAUGUUCAGGCCGUCCGAUGAGGAUCUGUGUCCAUCCCCGCACAAACAGAUUAAAGAGGAGAGCCACAAACGAGUGUUGCUGUAUGUGAGGAAGGAGACGGAUGAAGUCUUUGAUGCCCUGAUGCUCAAGUCUCCUACACUCAGAGGCCUGAUGGACGCUAUAUCAGAGAAAUAUGGCGUGCCCACAGAGAGGAUAGCCAAAGUGUACAAGAAAAGCAAAAAAGGGAUACUGGUCAAUAUGGACGACAACAUCAUCGAGCACUACUCCAACGAAGACACGUUCAUCCUCAACAUCGAGAGCUACGCGGACGCCUACAAGGUCACGCUCACUGAGAUUUAGCCGUUUCCCCACGGAGCUGAAGGACUGCAGAAUCUCGACGGGUUACACUUAACCUGACCGUGUGACCGCCGGUUGGCUGACAUAUAAGGGGACUUGUAUUGGUUGCUUUAAUGAGCCGAUUGACAUUUGGAGACGGUCCCUUAGCAGAGUGCCUCCGUUGCGCUGAUGACUAACUCCUGGAUGUUACUCGACAUUUGAGGGUAACACCAUCUCUCUCCCCAACACCGUUACGGUUUGAGGCAGACGGUGCGUCCUGCCCGGCAUCUCAUGAUAAUAGCACUCAUAGUACACAUGUAUACGCGGCUGUGGCCGAAGCAAAGGAAGAAGAAGUGCCAGAGGAUUGAGGGGUGGAUUCAGGGGGAAAUGCUCAUAGACUGGUCACUAUCACUCACUCGUCGUACUUAUCUAUAUUGUGUAGCCUAAUUGGAGGACCUCAGAUAAAUCCCUUUCCCACUUAUCGCCUAUUGACAAUUUUUUUUUUAUGUAUAUUAAGAAUUUCAUUUGGACUGUGUUUUUGUCCUGUA